UCACUCGACCUAAAGCUUAAACCCUAGCAACCGCGUAGAAAGAAGAGAAAAGGCGAAAGCUUCUCACAAGGUUAAUAACAAUGGCUGAGCAACAAGAGAUCCUCGAUUCAGUGUCGGCAGCCGAAGUGAAACCAGAUCCAAUAACGGACACUGAAGUCGAAGAAGCUGCGGAGAAACGCGGGAGAGAGGAGACGACGGAGGAAACAGAGGAUGGAGGAGGCGAAUCCAAGAAGCAGAAAGUGGGAGAGGAAGAGAAACCCAACGGGUCGGAUCCGGUCAAGCUGGGUCCGAAGGAGUUCGUCACCUCUGUGGCGAUGUUUGAUUACUUCACCAAGUUCAUGCAUUUCUGGCCGACAGAUCUCGAUGUCAACAAGUAUGAGCACAUGGUGCUGCUAGAUCUGAUCAAGAAGGGCCAUACUGAGCCUGACAAUAAGAUUGGGGGAGGGAUCAAAGCCUUCCAAGUGAGAACCCACCCGAUGUGGAAAAGCAGGUGCUUCUUUCUGGUUAGGGAAGACGACACUGCUGACGAUUUCAGCUACAGGAAGUGCGUUGAUCACAUCCUACCUUUGCCUGAAAACAUGAAGACUCCUGGGUCUAACGGUAAUGGACAUGGUGGUGGUAGAAGAGGUGGCCGCGGUGGUGGCAGGGGUGGGAGAUUCAGAAGAUGAAUUGACCCUUUUGUUGCUUUGUCGAAAUUUUGGAGCUUUUAAUGUUAAGUUCUGUUUGCUAAAAAACUUAUUUAAGUUAUGAUCUUGUUGAAUGCUGUUGUUAUUUUCCGGGAAUGUUUGUCCGUUUAUACAUCACCUUAUAUUGUUCAAGAA